UUGUCGCAAAGGAGACACGUAAACUAUUUGGCAACCAUUACCGGUUUACAUGGUGAGGUAGUGCAAGUGUUGAGUUGCUGAUCGUAACCAUUUGGCUGAGAUUGCAGUGGAAAAACAUUUGACAGUCAUGGCGGAGAGUACAGGAUCGAGGCGGACAAUUGAUGAUGAUUUCUGGGUCACGAAACCGACCGAUUGCCAAACCAGCGACAACAACUUGGGAGGAGUCAGUGUUUGGUGUGAUGGGGACGAUAUCUUUAGAUUCCUAGAUAAUGUGUGUGAGGGAGACAGACUGGAGUUAGACAAUGACAAACUGCCGUACCUGCACUCCUGGGCCAUCUGCAAGUCCAUCAGUAAAUGGAACCCCUUUCCCUGGUAUGCAGUCCAAUUCUUCAACGACGAUGAGUGGGGCACGUACUCAACCAGAAAUACCUUCUUGAAUGUCGCAUUCCCACCCAGUAAAGAUGUAACGGCAAUUGUUGUUACCCCCAUCUUUACGUUUUUAUUUAAGACAGGCGGUAAAGUAAGGAUCAAUAACUUCACAGAUACAUGUAAAGACUGGUCACCACCACUAGGCGAGAGACGUAUUCGCAAGGAAAUCACGUAUCAGCUCAAAGAAUUACAUGAGAUUCAUGCAAGUUUAGAAGUGUACGUGUGCAGAAAUCGGUUCAUAGACAGUGAGGACUUUGUGAACUACUGUCGGUAUGGCUACUGCAAAGACAAUAAUUACAGGAGAGUAAGCGAAUGGUACAGCAAGGAUAAUAUCGACAUCGAGGGCUUCUUUCAAGAAUUUCGCGUAGGAGACAGGCUGGAGUUCAGAUACAGUUCUCCGUAUCAGCGCUGGGGCAUCUACAUCGGUCAGUGGGGGAACGACCUCAAGCAAGUAGUCCUGUUUGACCCGGGCGACUCAGCAAUGACUUCCUCGGGUAUUGGGUCCUCGGCGAGACCUAAACCAGAACUUUGGGUUAAAUCCAUUUGGAUACAUGUAGUUAUCGAAGGCAGACAAGUCAGAAUCAACAACAAAGGAGAUCUGAGGUGGUCAACAUUAGACGGGGAAAAUAUUCUUGAGGAAAUCAGUAGUCAGUUGCCGGGUAAGACGCGCAGACAUGCAUGCAAGGUUUUGUUCAAAGACAGUGAGGACUUUGUUAACUACUGUCGAUAUGAUGACUGGCGCAUUAAUUUCGGGCUGGUCUGUGAGUGGUGCCCUCCGGAUCCAUCGCCUCGGUUGCAUGUAGGUGACAGGUUGGAGUUCAGUCGCACUCUGCCGUACGCGCACUGGGGCAUCUAUGUCGGCGACUGGGAGGGUAAACACCACCAAGUCGUCCACUUCGCCCCAGCUGCUGACGGAAAUGCUAAACUAUUCUCCAAGAAUAAGAGCUUCAGUUUGGAGUCGUCAGCGAAAGACAAACCAGAACUCUGUGUCGACGACAUCUGGGAAGUUUCCGGAAAUGAUAAGGUCAAAAUCAACAACGACAGAGAUCACUUCUGGCCACCGUUAGUCAGGACUGAUAUUUUGGAUAAAAUGAAGCAUCAGUUGGACAGUCAAUCAGAUGGGAACAAGCCAGUGUACCGUCUUUUCUCCAACAACUGCGAGCACUUUGUGAACUACUGCCGGUAUGGGAAACAUCACAGUGACCAGGUCAACCGCAUUUCUUGGAUGUUUGACCAAUUCGUCGCAUAUCUGACGAAGUGACGAAUGGGCCAUUUUGGUGGUUUUUUUAAUUGAG